UAGCCAGCCAUCCUAUUAGCCGUCCUCUCGCGUGCUCCCACAUGCAUGCGUCAGAUUGUGCUCUCCGGCCGCUGCUAUGUCGCUUGCAGUCAACGGCAGUCAGCAGCGGUCAACGGCUCCCAAACCCGUUGUCUCCUCCCUCUCGCGGAUCCAAGGCCGGAGUCGGUCAAACCCGCUCAACGGCAGUCAACAGCGGCAAAGGAUUCUCGCACACGCACACGUGGUCUCGCCUCUCGCAACGGUUGGCAGAGGUCAACGUAGGUCAACGCGAGAUCCCGGAACCGUUGACUUGUCGUCCUCACAGGUCCACCCCGAUCCCUGUCGCAGCUGGUCGCACCAGCAGGCUAUCGCAUGCAACUAGUUUGGCAGAUGUUCGCACGAGCAGGCGAUCGCGUGCGAUCGGUGUUACAGAUUCGCGCGCAAGGAGCCAUGUUCGAGCGGAUGCCGCUGCGGGGGACAACGCGCCCGCGGAGGCGGCCGGGGAAGAUUGGGGGGAAGCACUCGCGGAAGCACUCGCGGAGGGGGGAGGGUUGGAGAGGUGGCGGAAGAGUUGGGGGAGAUUGACGAGCGGAGGGUAGAGAUUGCGCGGGCGGCUUUGGCGGUGGUUCUUGUGCAGGACGAGGGGUUUAGCGAAGACCAUGCGAAGGCUGUGGCGAGGAACGUUACAGGUUUCGCGCAAUUCGUUUUGGAGCGAGAUGCUGACGAACGGGGGGCAGCUGAACUUGAAAGAUUGCUCAGACCCUCAGGGCUUAGACCAGGGAGGAGACCUGAAGGCCCACCUGAAGGCACACCUGAAAACACACCUGAAGGCACACCUGAGGUUAGACCAGACAGUCCUUCAGUUGUGAGCGUCCCUUCACUACUAGAACAACCUCCUGACGACCCUUCGUUAGUAGAAACCGCCGGGACACGUCAGCCUGAGCAGACUCGAAGUGGCUCGCCAAAACCCUCCGGCAGGGUUCAGGGCUUAGACCUGGAUGUGGGAGAACGGCUGGGAGAAUCAGACGAAAGCGAAGAGGACUUGGGGAAAUCUGAGCGGGGGGCAAGGGACAGGGAGAGGGCGUGAGGCGUCAGCGGAGGGUGGGGCGUCAGCAGGGCGUGGGGCGUCAGCAGGGCGUGGGGCGUCAGCGGAAUGGGUGGUGGCAGCGGUGGUGGAGAGUGUGGGAGUGACGUGGGGGAAAGCACAGCAGGUGGCGCGAGUGUGUGGGGGGAUGCCAGCAACGAGAGUGUGGGAGAAGAUUCUUCUGCUCAGGGACCUUCUACAUGCUGGUGCUGGCGCGGCACCAGCUGCCGAAGCCACUAUGGUGUGUGAAGUCUCUCGUUCUAACAGCGCCCCUCUCAGCAGCAACGCCCCUGCCACCACCAGCACCACAGCCAGCAGCAGCAGCAGCAGCGGCAGCAGCAGCGAUAGCGUGAGUACCACCAGCAGCAGGACGGAAGGGGAAGGAGAGGAUCUGUGGCAGGCAGCAGGCGAUGGCACGGCCGGUGGGAGGGGGGAGGACACGGAAGGGGACACAGGAGGGGAGGAGGAGGGAUUGCAGGGGGGAGGAAGAGAAGAGGAGGAGAGUGGGCUGUGCAGUGGGGGGAAGGGGAACGUGGGUGUGGUGGGAGUGGCUCCCGUUGGGCCGUUGAUUCAGCGGGCGAUCGGACGGCUGGCGAUGAUCGCACAGGAUGACGAUGUGCUGCUGCAGCGGUCACUGGGCUUCUUCCAAAAGCUGGCAGCGCAGCGACGUGGCGUAGCGCUAUUGGACGACUCCUCCACUGCCCUGCCGGCCAUCAUUGCUGGAUUCCCGGAUUUCCUGGCUUGGGAGGAGGGAGGGGAUGAUGAGGAGGAAGGGGAGGGGGAGGAGGGAGAGGAGGAUGAGGAGGAAGGGGAGGAUGAGGAGGGAGGGGAGGAUGAGGAGGGAGGGGAGGAUGAGGAGGGAGGGGAGGAUGAGGAGGGAGGGGAAAUGGAGGGAUGGCAGGAGGAGGAAGUGAUGGGACAGAAGCGCGAGGAAAGACAUCAACAACUCGGAGCGGAGGGCAUGGUGGAGAAGGGAGCAGGCGAGCAAGGAAGAGAAGGGGUUAGAAGGUUGGGAGAAGAGGGAAGCAGCAGCAGCAGCAGCAGCAGCAGCAUCAGCACCACCAGGAGUAGCAAGAGAGACCACGGGCACUUAUCUCCUGUCCUCCGCUACCUUUCCCUGGAAUGGGGCGUGGGUAGCCCCACUCUGCGUCGCCUUCUCCUCUGCCAUCCUGCUCUCGCCCUCCACGUGCCGCCACCAUCCUCCUCCUCCUCUCACUCCCCCUCCCCCCGCCCUGGCACCGUCUCCCCUUUAUCUACUAUUUUAGCCAACGGUGGUGCGAAAGCUCGGGAGCAGAGAGGGGAGAGGCGGUGGGCAGACAUGAGUGCAGCUGAAUCCGAUUCGGAAUCAGAAGUGGGGUCGGAAUUAGGGUUGGUAUCGGGUUGGGAGGAGGAGAUGGAGGCGCAGAUGGUGGCGUGCAAGCGGCAGCUAAAGCAGCUGGGCAUGCGAGUGCGCGACUUGCCUUUAAUCAUCCACCGCUUCCCUCAAGUGCUCGCCCCGUCGGUCUUCCUCAACGCGCCGGUCGUUGCCGCUGCCAUCACCGACACCCUCAAGGUCCCGAUCAGCAAGGUCGACCGCAUGCUCACGCGCUGCCCCGAGCUGCUCUCGCUCUCCCCGGCCACUAGCAUCGUGCCAGCUGGCGCGUUCCUACUGGACCUGGGCCUGACACGCGGGCAGAUGGUGCGGGUGCUAACUGCCAGCCCUUCGCUGCUGUGCCGGCCCAGGCACCAACUAGGGGAGCCCCUGGACUGGCUGCAGGAGACCCUAUCAGUGCCGCCUCACGAGCUUGCCCACCUGGUGUUCCGCUGCCCCAGCCUGCUCUGCCUCUACCCCGCCGUGCUGCAAGCCAAGAUCGUUUUCUUGACUAGGGAGGUGGGCGUGGCUGCAGCCGACGUUGCUCGAGUGGUGUGCCGCUUUCCAGAAGUGCUCACCAUGGGGCUGACAGCCAUGAGGGGCAGGAUAUCAUUCCUCUACUCCCGAGGCUUCUCCCGUGCUGACGUGGCAGCCAUGGUGGUGCGCUUCCCACCGCUCCUGGGCUACAGCGUUGGCUCCGUGCUUCGGCCGAAGCUGGACUUCUGGCUCGAGGAUGAACGGAGGGUGGAGAAGGAGAGGCCGGAGGAGGGGGGAGUCACCUCUAGCAGAAGCGCCACCAGCAGCAUCAGCAGCAGCAGCAGCAGCACGAGCAGCCCCUACUACCCGCGCAGCCAGGGGGACCUGGUGGUGUUCCCCAAGCUCUUCAGCUUCUCCCUCGAUGCCCGCAUCCGCCGCCGCCUGCGCGUGCUCGCCAGUCGCGGCCCACCACGUGGCAGCAGCAGCAGUAGCACCAGCAACACUGUUGGGGCCGCCAGAGAGAGCAGGGAGAGGAACAGGCGGCGCAGGGAACUGGUGUAUCUGCUGAGCUGUCCGGAGGAGCAGUUUGCCGCCCAGGUGCUGGGACUUAACUUCAUGCUCGUUCCACUGCGGCCCCCUCAGGCCGCUGCUGCACCUGCUACGGCACGUGCUGCUGCGAGUGGUGUUAGUGGUGGUGGUGGUGCUGCUGCUGCUGCUGGUGGCGCUGCUGCUGGUGGCGGCAGUGGUAGCAAUGUUGCUGCUGCCCGGCCUGCUGCAGAUAGUGGUGAGAAUUCAAGAUGGUUUCAACAUGAUGUGCCCGUCCCUCCCGCCGUGCCACGUGAUUCCAUUCCAGCUGAAGCAGCUGCCAGGUCACCAGUGGCUACUGCCAGGUCAGCAGUGUCUAGUGCCAGGUCAGCAGUGUCUAGUGCCAGGUCAGCAGCCAGUGGGGGCACCCAAAGAAGGGCAGAUGGUAGAGACGUACCGGUAUUUCCAUCCGAGUACAGACCAGACGUUCCGGGGAAUGAUCAAAUUUCCCCUUGGAGAGGUGAAAGUCCACCUGAUGUCACCCGCGGUCCACCUGAUGCCAGCCGUGGCCCACCUGAAACUUUUGGAGCUGUGGGAUUGAAUGGGGGAACACAAGCAAGUUGGGAAGGGAAGGGGAAGUGGAGUGAAAGUGGGAGCAAGGGUGAUGUAGGAGAGGGGUUGAGAGGGAAAGAUGAAUGGAAGAAUCUGGAGGAGUUGAUCGAGAUGGAGGAGGAAGAGGAGUAUGGGAGGACUAGGGGUGGAAGGAAGGGGAGAAAAGGGAAGAGAAGGUGAAGUGAGAGUAAUGUGAUGAUUCAUGUA